AUGUCUUCAUAUGUAUUCACGGUGAUUUCUCACGGCUCCAUGUUAUCUGAGCAAAACAUUGGAAAAGUGGAACAAAUAAUCACCGAUUUGAACUGUACUACGGUUUCUAAGAAAACGCUAACCAAUGAUUCGAACAGAGUCAUUGACUACUAUGUUGACAUAAACUCUCAGGAGCCAACCACAGUCUCCGCUUCGCUCAAAUCUGAAAUAAUAGCGCCAGGUCAUGGAUUUGACGUCAUAUUCCAGAAAGUUGAAUCAAGGUCCAGCAAGAAGCUCUUUGUCUUUGACAUGGACUCAACGUUAAUUUAUCAAGAAGUCAUUGAACUUAUCGCCGCGUAUGCAGGAAUCGAAGAUCGUGUUGCAGAGAUCACUGAAAGGGCAAUGAAUGGUGAAUUAGAUUUCACGGAAUCGUUAAAGGAAAGAGUCAAGUUGUUAAAGGGGAUCGACUCAACCACUAUAUGGGAAGAAUUAAAGUUUAAAAUUGAAAUCACCAAUGGCGCUUUGGAAUUGUGUAAAGCUUUGAAAUCUUUAGACUGUGUGAUGGCUGUCUGCUCCGGUGGAUUUAUCCCGUUAGCUGAACACGUUAAGACCGUAUUAGGUUUAAAUUAUGCAUACGCCAACCAAUUGAGCACUACCGCGGAAGGAAUUUUGGAUGGUACCACGAAGGGUAUGAUAGUCAAUGGAGAUAAAAAGGCCGAGUUAUUGCUUGAAAUUGCAGCAAAGCACAACAUUGACCCCCAAACGGCUGUUGCCGUUGGUGAUGGUGCUAACGACUUGAAUAUGAUGGCUGCCGGAGGAUUUGGUGUCGCAUGGAACGCAAAGCCAAAGGUCCAACAAUUGGCCCCAUGUUGUUUGAAUACAAAGUCUUUGCAAGACAUCUUGUAUAUCAUGGGAUACAAUGAUGAUGAACAAAGUAAAUUAAUUAAAUAG